GCGGGAGCCGGGCCGGCAGCGGGGAGCAGCGUGCGGGCUGCGCCGGGCCCCGUGCCGAGGAUGCUGUGGCUGCUGCUGUGGCUGGCGUGGCCCGGCGAGGGCUCCCCGCGCGGCGAGGCCACGUUCAUGGCCGUCACCAGCCAUGUCCUCCCGCCCGACUACGACAGCAACCCCACGCAGCUCAACUACGGCGUGGCCGUCACCGACGUGGAUGCCGACGGGGACUUGGAGAUCGUGGUGGCAGGGUACAAUGGGCCCAACCUGGUGCUGAAGUAUGACCGGGCGCGGCAACGGCUGGUGAAUCUGGCGCCGGACGAGCGCAGCUCCCCGUACUACGCGCUGCGGGAUCGCCAGGGCAAUGCCAUCGGGGUGACAGCCUGCGACAUCGACGGGGACGGGCGCGAGGAGAUCUACUUCCUCAACACCAACAACGCCUUCUCGGGCCUGGCCACCUACACGGACAAGCUGUUCAAGUUCCGGGCGGGGCGCUGGGAGGACCUCCUGAGCGACGAGGUGAACCGGGCAGUGGCCAGCCGCUUCGCCGGGCGCUCGGUGGCCUGCGUGGACAGGGCGGGCUCCGGCCGAUAUGCCAUCUACAUCGCCAACUACGCCAACGGCAACCUGGGCCCCCACGCGCUGCUGGAGAUGGACGUGACCGCCAGCGACCCUGCCCGCGGCAUCGUGGUGCUGGCUGACGUGGCUGCCGAGGCCGGGGUCAACAAAUACACAGGCGGCCGUGGGGUGGCCGUGGGCCCCAUCCUGAGCGCAAGCGCCUCAGACAUAUUCUGCGAUAACGAGAACGGGCCCAACUUCCUCUUCCACAACCAGGGGGACGGCAGCUUCGUCGACCGGGCUGCCAGCGCCGGCCUGGAUGACCCCUACCAGCAUGGACGCGGCGUGGCCCUGGCCGACUUCAACCGCGACGGCAAAGUGGACAUCGUCUACGGCAACUGGAAUGGGCCCCACCGCCUCUACCUGCAGAUGAGCGCCGGCGGGCGGGUCCGCUUCCGGGACAUCGCCACCCCCAAGUUCUCCAUGCCGUCCCCCGUCCGCACUGUCCUCGCAGCCGACUUCGACAACGACCAGGAGCUGGAGGUGUUCUUCAACAACAUCGCGUACCGGGGCUCCUCUGCCAACCGCCUCUUCCGGAUUGUCCGCAGGGAGCACUCGGAUCCUGUCAUCGAAGAGCUGAACCCAGGAGACGCCAUGGAGCCCGAGGGCCGGGGCACUGGGGGUGCAGUGACUGACUUCGAUGGCGAUGGGCUUCUGGACCUGAUCCUGUCCCAUGGCGAGUCCAUGGCACAGCCACUCUCAGUCUUCAGGGGCACCCAGGGCGCUGGCAAUAACUGGCUCCGCGUCAUCCCGCGCACCCGCUUCGGGGCCUUUGCGCGGGGGGCCAGGGUGCUGCUGUUCACCCGGCGCAGCGGGGCGCACCUGCGCAUCAUCGACGGUGGCUCGGGCUACCUGUGCGAGAUGGAGCCCGUGGCGCACUUUGGCCUAGGCCAGGACGAAGCCAGCAGCCUGGAGGUGACGUGGCCAGAUGGCAGGGUCGUGGCCCGGGCUGUGGCCAGCAGCGAGAUCAACUCGGUGCUGGAGAUCCCCUACCCCGAGGGUGCUGAGGGGCAGGUCCCACCCGCCUCGCUGGAGUGCGGCCAGGGAUUCUCCCAGCACGAGAACGGACGCUGUGUUGACACGGACGAGUGUGCCGCGUUCCCCUUCGUGUGCCCCAGGGAAAAGCCAGUCUGCGUCAACACGUACGGCGGGUACCGGUGCCGCAGCAACAGACGCUGCAGCCGGGGCUUCGAGCCCAGCGAGGACGGCACGGCCUGCGUGGCGCAAGUGGCCUUUUUCGGUGGAUACCCCUCUGCAGGGAGCCGGCUCUGGGCCUGGCGCCCCCCAACCCCCGUCCUCCCGCUGGGCCUCGGACUCUGCCUUCACUUCUAUGCACUUUAACCUUUGCCAAUGACCUGUGUGUACGGACUGGACGGUCUCUCUGCCUCUCUCCGUCCCUCCGCCUCUCUGUCCUCCUCUCUCUGCCCCUUUCCCCCACCCUUCCAAUGCCCCUCGAAGCGCUGGCCGUGCCGCGGCCAUCUUCGAGAAGGGCACGGAGCCGCCUGGGCCACAGCAGCGACCGUGCUGGAGGCAGAGCCAUGUGCCAAUCACCCCUUGCAUGUUUUCUGAGAAAACAGACAGGGAGGCGCCCUGUGACCCCGUCAGCGCCCCCGUCGUGGGAGCUUGCCCUUAACAGAGAUGGAUGCUCAGUCGAAUCGAUUCCGUAGCAUGUGCCUGCUGGUUUGGCCUGCAAGGUUUGCCUCACCUGGCCCCUAUCUGGGCCACUGAGGAUGCACCCAGCCCCGCUCGCUGUGGGGGAGGACGCUCCCCGCUGUGUUUUCUAGCGAAUUGACCCCACUGUCUGGAGUUUGACCCGGCUCAGUCUUCCAGCCCCUCCCCAGGGAAGCGACCCAAUAAACUCUAUCCUGUCUAUUUGCA